CCCCCCGCCCCCGCCCCCGCCUCAGCCGCGACACAACCCGCUCAACGAAGGCACGACUCCCGCACCGCCGCCGGCCCUCGCUGGGGUUAGAUGGACUUGACUUGACCUGCUUCAAACCCACGUGCUGACGACAGGAGGCUGACCAGUGUCUGGCCACGCCGGGAAGUAGCACACACAAAAGGUCACAGUGCUUUCCCAUGACCUCACAGCCGUCACCAAGCAGCCUUGUUACCUCCCCCCAUAUCCCCCCCCUCACGUGCUGACGACAUGCAGGAGGCUGACCCAUGUCUGACCACGCCGGGAGGCAGCUACAGAGAGCCUCAGUGCUUUAUCGUGAUCUCACAGCCGCCUGUCAGCCCUGUAGAUCAGUGUCCUUCAAACUCUUCUCCCUGCAACCCGAUUCUGAUCCCUGUCUUUUCUUGUAUGAUAGUUUCCGGUCCUUACCCACCAGGGGCCCUAGGGCUAAUGCGACGGAGAUGAGUAUUGCGGCCACGCAUAGCUAUAGCGCACGCCCCCAAGUUUACCUGCGUACUCCCGACCUGUUUUGAAGGAUCUUGACAGUACUGAUAGCUGUAGGCCUCCUGCAAGCCUGUAUUCUUUUUAUCCAUAUACGUAAGGAAGUAGCGACCCAUUGAGCAGUCUCGAGAUCCAGUACUGGGGCGCGUCCUGUGCUUUGAAGAACCAUUUUCCUCGACCUUCAAGACCGCUCCCAUUCCCUUGUCACCCACUUCUUUCGUCGCCUCCCGAGUCUUGCCGUGGCCUUGUCGAGUGACUGUGAAUGACGCGAAUGAUUGUUAGCGGUGGUGACAGUCAGAGUGACGCCUGACUGAUGUUAUGCACUAAAAUGGCUCAGGUCCUACAUCAUGUGACUGACCGUGUCCAGAAAAGUGAUUUAUGUAACACUCAAGUGAUUCGUAACCCCUGACCAGUCGUAAUGAUGCAUCAUUGUUUUAACGAUGCCUGACCCGCGUUACGUGCAUCGCAGGAUAACUGACAGCACGCACGAGAACCUAACUAGCGCCUUGUAUGCCAGAGUGAAGCUACUCACUUCAGUAACCAGUAAGUUAUGCAUGCCAGGGUGACUUACGCGAUAAGUGAUAACGUUGAUUUACCUACACGAAGUCGUUCUUGCUAUGGGGACUUAGUGAUGAGAAGUCGUUCAUGACAGGGGGACUUGGUGAUGGGAAGUCGUUCAUGCCAGGGGGAGUUACUGAUGGUAAGUCGUUCAUGCCAGGGGGAGUUACUGAUGGUAAGUCGUUCAUGCCAGGGGGAGUUACUGAUGGUAAGUCGUUCAUGCCAAGGGGACUUACUGAUGGGCAGUCAAUCAUGCCAGGGGGACUUGGUGAUGGAAGUCGUUCUUGCCAGGGGGAGUUGGUGAUGAAAAGUCGUUGAUGCCAGGGGGACUUAUUGAUGGGGAGUUGUUCAUGCCAAGGGGACCUACUGAUGGGAAGUCCUUCAUGCCAGGAGGACUUACUAAUGGGAACUCAUGCAGACUUGCGUGACAGGUUUAUUGGAUUCUUGUGGAGAGUGUGGAGGGGAGGCAGCAGAGCCCGUCCCAGGCAGCAGCAAGGGGCAGCGUGACGGAGGGGGUGGGGUGGGGGGAGAGGAGACCGUCGUUCAAUUCAACCUCAAGCGUCAUGAAGUGAUUUUCCUAAACCUUUUUCUAAUGUAAAUUACCAGUCUUUCCUCUUUACCUACGAAUAUUCUUACAUAUACAUUCUUUUUUUGUUAAUUUAUUCACUAAUUUAUCUACAAAUUUAUUUCACAAUACACAUCUAUUUUGUGGUGAUAAGAUGCCUUGCUCCAUCCCUGAUCACAUGGUGUGCCCUGCGCUCCAUCAAGCCCAAGGAGACUAUAUAACUAUAUAGUCCCCUUGAUCACUCCCGUCACUGAUGAACCAACAGACUGCACAUGUUGUUUUCUCCCUAUUAUCUAUCAUACGUGCAUUCAUGGGGAGAGAGUGCACUGUGCAGUUUCCUAGGUUACAGGAUCUUCCCCUCAUUCAUCUGCCUGUGGGUGGUGCAUCUGCUGCGGCUGGUGACGGCCGUGUGAUCUAUAGGGAGUCUGCGAGCAGAGCUGGCCUAGGAGAAAAUAUUUAUAUCCAUUGAACCUCUUUUUUCUCCUUUCACAUCAGAGGGUAAUAUCGAAAACAAGGUAAUGAAUUUGUGAACUGUAUUUGAGUGUGCGUGUUUCUUGGCGGUUUAUCAAUGAUGCCCACAUUUUUGUCUCUGCAAAAUCAAAGAACAAUACUCUGGAAAAAAAAAUGGUAAUGCCGAAUCUGCAUAUGAAAGACGUUUGACAUUUAAAAAAAAAUAUAUGUUUACUUUUACUGAAUUUAGUUUAAAAAAAAAGAAGAUAUACGUGGCGCCUGCUGUCAAGUCAGUUGAAAGUGAACCUGUAAAUGUAUGUAUAUGAAGAUGAGGAAGCUUAUACAUUGGUAUGUAAAAAGUUUAGCAAGACAUAUCGUCGCCGAAUGCCUGUAUGUGAGGGAAACCUGUGGCUUGAUGAUCAAAGAUACCAGUGUGCUUUGCUACAAAAAAUAAAAAUAAAAUAAAGUAUAAUAGCGUCGUAGACAGUUCAUUUUGACGAAAAUUUCUAUGGAAAGUAAAUAAAUGUAUGAAAAAGUAAAUGAGCGUUUGUUUUGUAUGCAAUUAGUUUAUGAAAUGAGAAAAGUAACUCCAACCAAGCUGGUAAACGAGUGUACAGCUGUUCCGUGGUUGGGCCGCGUUCCUGAGAUGCUGCCUGACGUAAUUAUGAUCAGCGGUAAAACUUUUCUUCCAAUAUGAAAAACGCAAUUAUAUGAACACAGCUCUGGUUUCUGCCUCGUUAUGCAGCGCGGGCCAAGGUGUUCAAGAAUCUGGUGUGUAUAACAGGAAAUGGAAGUCAUGUAUACGAUGUUGUUUUCGAUUGCUGAAGAGUUUAUAACCCAAGCUCCGAGAUAAUGUUUCCUCCUCUGUUCUGGAUGUUACUCUGUGAGGAUCUGAUGUAUGAUGAAGAAAUUUGGUCGGCAAAUGAAAACCAAAAUCAGGUGUGUAUAGUGUUGGUGACGAGUCAACCUCCAUUGCCAGAGUUCCAUCUAAAGCCUAACAUUUCCGCUCAGCUAUUGCUCAAGAAUCUGGUGUAUCGUGAAGGACUUUGCCGAAUCCCGAAAACGAGUGUAUAAAUCCAUCGCCGACUGUCCAACUCCCGAACCUAAGCUCCAUCUAACGCCCGGCACCCUGCUACUGUCCCGCGCGAGGCACCGUGCUCACCCCCUCGAGUCGGUGUGUGCUUGAACAGUGCUUCAGUCGCGAUAGCCUGAACCCGACCCGCUGUGCGCUUUGCUGGCUGGCUGAGGGCUGGCUGCUGCUGUUUUCGAGGUGUUUGUCGGCUCAGUGAGGGGCUGCGGUGAUGCCAUUGCUCCCGAGGUCCGCCAGCACCAGACGAUCCGUUGCGUUGCUUCUCCUGAACUGUUUAAGGUUCGAGUUCGUUAAGUGAAGCUUCAGUGCUCGAUCGUUUCGGCGUGUCGGAUCACUUGCUUUGAAGAGUUUCUUUUCACAUGCUGUAAUUAUCAAUAUCGCGGGUCUCUUAGUGCUACGAGGGCGGCGGAGGAUUCAGCAGUGGGGUUCGUGGAGGGACCGUGGAAUAUUUCUUGAGGAGCAGCUAAUGUGUUGUGUGGAUGAGUGAGGUGGACAGCCAGAAGGGGCCAAGCAUGGAGGGCCCCGGGAACCGGCACUGGCUGCGGAGGCACCUGUUCUCCCUCAAGACCCUGAGUUUGGUGGUGUUGUCGGUGCAGACUUCCACCAUGGUGCUGCUCCUCCGCUACAGUCGCACCAACUCUUCACCACAACCCUACAUCAUCACAACGGCUGUUCUCCUCUCAGAGCUCCUCAAACUGGGCCUUUCACUCGCCUUCCUACAUCUGGACUCUGGCAAAAUCCUGCGAGUGACGAUGAAGCGGUUGUAUGAGGAUGUGUUUCUGAAUGUAUGGGAGACCCUGAAGCUGGCCAUCCCUGCCUUCCUGUAUGUGGUGCAGAACAACCUGCUCUUCAUCGCCCUCUCCAACUUGGAUGCUGCUACUUACCAGGUGACGUACCAGCUCAAGAUUCUCACCACAGCCAUCUUCUCGUGGGUGAUGCUGGGCAAACGCCUCGCCCCCAUCCACUGGCUGUCUCUGUGUCUGCUGAUGCUUGGGGUCUCCCUUGUACAGGUAGAUGGAGGCAGCAGCAGCAGAAGCACCUCCAAAAUACUGCCCGAGGUGGAAGCCAUCGAGGGAGCAGACCCAAGUUUGUUGGGGGCUGGGGCUGAGGAUGGUGGUGAAGGUGGUGAUGGGCUGCCUUCAAAUGUUCACAACACAGCCCACCCAAACCCUGAGGUGCCGCGACUCCUAGGCAUUCUGGCUGUGUGUGUCUCGUGCAUCUCUAGCGGGUUCUCGGGGGUGUACUUUGAGCGUCUGGUGAAGAGAGGGAAGCAAACAUCCCUCAUCAUCAGAAACAUACAGCUGGGCUUGUUUUCCAUUGCGUUCGCUGUGAUGGCUGUGACUAGUGACAGCCGGGCCAUUAGGGAAAGUGGCUUCUUCCAGGGAUACUCCACUGCUGCCUGGCUGGUUGUGCUUAUACAGGCAUUUGGUGGGCUGAUGGUGUCAGUUACGAUGAAGUAUGCUGACAACAUUCUGAAGGGCUUCGCCACCUCCCUGUCCAUAGUGAUGUCCAGCCUUGUGUCAUGGCUGGCGCUGGGGGAUGACGCGCCUACCCUACAGUUUGUCAUAGGCGCGUCCAUUGUCAUUGCCUCAACGUUUCUCUACGGCCUCACACCCCAGAGGGAGAACGAGCUGAGGGAGGAUUCUCAUCAUGCAACCUCCUCCAUCGCCACCCCACAUAAGACUGGCAAGGAAAAAAAACUUACGUGAGAUAGUGUGAGUGUUAAGAGCAGUGGGAGACAGCAAGAAGCAGGGGUCACACAUCCUUCAGUCCUUAAUCCUGCUGGGUGCUGAGGAUCCAGCUUCCCUCUCCACCUGCCAGGCUUGGUGGAUGCUGCUGGCACCUCCCUUGUCUGUGAGUCCUGCUCAGUAUUGUAUCCGACAGCUGUGAAUGAAUCCUAGUCAGCUCUCUUUCCUCUUGGUCCUGUAAAUCCUGGUUGAUAUUUUCCCUCAGAUGGCUCUUAUUCUUUUACAUUGUACUAUUUCUCUCAGCUGUGGAAGGGUCCUGCUCAGUACUAAUUUGACCUAAAGCUGCAAAUUCCAGCCACUGCUUUCCCCCAACAGCUGUUACUCUUCCAUGGUAGUCGUACCUUUAGCUGUGAUCUCCAUGGUAGUCGUACCUUUAGCUGUGAUCAAAGACUGCUGCCCACAAUGUUUUCCUGCAGCUGUGACUGAAUCCUGCAGGUUAUUGUGUCCUGCAGCAUACUAUAUUAUUCUGCAGCUGUUCACCCUAUUGUGCAGUGUGACCUGUCACACAGAAUCUCCUUCAAAGGUACUAUUGUCCAUUGUUUUCUCCAAGGUAAACCCUUUGCUAGGUAGUGCUGUACUGUAGUAAUUGUGAGCUAUCUCAUGUACCACUUUUAAUUUGAGAGCCCAGUUCUUCUUUUUUUCUUUCAAAAUAUGUAAUAUAUUUUAACUUUUAUUGCAUUGCACUGUAAUGGAAACAAAUCUCAGAUUUUUAUCUUAGGUCAUAAUUUUUGGUCCUGUAUUACUUAUGUUAGGGAAGUUAUGGAAUCUCUUGUUAAAGGUUUCUGUAGGUAUGAUAAAAAUAACACAGUGAUGUGCAGAAAAUCUCAGUUUAGCUCUGUCUUUUAUUGAACUGUGAUGCAUUCAAGUAUUACAAACCACACACACACUGAGUGGUCUCAGUCCUACCCAAAGAUCGGUACUAUGAGCUCUGUGCUCUUCCGUAGGGGAACGGCUGGCUGUCUUGAGAGAGACCCGCAGCAGACCAAGAGGUGAAUUACACAAAAUUAGGUGAAUACACAUUCACAACCACUCGGAGCAUCUUAGUGCGCUGGUUAGCAUGCUCGCCUUACAAUCGAGAGGUCCCAGAUUUGAUUCUCGGGAGUGCCUCCAAUCCACGCAGCAGUGAAUGGGUACUGGGUGUUAGUUGGGGUUGUAUCCUACCUCCCAGGUGACUGUGUGGGUGACAUGUGAGGUUGAAGUCGUACCCAAAGAUCUGUCAUCAGAACUACAAGCUCAUUCAGGAAGGGUACUGGUUGGCGAUAAUGAGUCCAUCACAUGAUCAGAUCGUGGUGAAUGACACGUGUAAUGGUCUGGGAGGGGUCGUGGUCAUACUGUUUUUUCCUUUUCUUUUUUUUUUAACUGAAUUUGCUUGAAAAUUUAAGACAAGAUUGUGAUGGAGCAGCUUUGUUUGAAACUACUCAAACUGCAGUUCCCUUUUAUAUAAAAAAAAAAAAAAAAUGUAGUUUUGCUGAUAAACUGAAUGGUCCAUGAGGUAAAUGAGAAGAAUUCUGAAGAUAUGUAGGAAUAUUGUGGUUUUGAUGGAUUUACACCACACAAUUUUUAAUUGUUAUAUAACCCUUUACAAACUAUAUAUCCUAAGGGUCACAUGAUUAUGUAGGUUCAUAUUCAUCUUGAUGUGGGUUAAGGAGUAACUUUUGGAGAGUGAAAGUGUGUUGUGUAGCUCCAUACAGGGUUUGUAACCUAAUUAGUCACAAUUUGAAGUUAUAUUUCUCAAAGAAAUUAAUCAUUGUGUGUGAUAUAGGUUGUCACAAAGGAUUAGUUUUGUGUUUGGUUGUUGGUGUUACAUGUUUUGUUGGUAGUUGUCUCAUGGUGUGACGACAUGUGUUGGGUGUGUCCUGCAGACAUGACUUAUUUGCCUCCAGGGUUGUGUAUAUUUAUAUUUUAAAGAAUGUCUUAUUUAAAUGAUAUUACUUUUAGGUUUUAUUACAUGGAAUUGUGGAAUAUUUCAAUUAUCAUUUGAAACUUUUAAAAAUAAAUCAAAACUAGAUAUCUUCUUGGUUAUUUAAAAAAAAUUAAUUAGUUAUUUUAACAGUAUAGACAUUGCAAUGCAAGCACACAAUGGGAAUGAAUAUAUGGCAAUUUGCAAAAUUGUUUUCUUCCAAUAUCUUUUAUAUCAGACACCAAGUAUAUAAAGCAUUUACUUCUUCAUUUAACUCACUGCUUUAUACAUUCUUUUACCUGGUGAUAUUACCUUGCAUCUUAUUGACACAUAUAUUGUCUUUGGCACAGUGAUUAGAAAUUUAUUUUUUAAACAGUAUUCACAGGCACUCUUUGUGUCUUGUGCUGGGCAUUCAUCUGUGUUGUGCAGUAUUGAUGAAGGUAUUGCUCUGCUUACACUCUAGUUGUAUUUGUGUGUGGACUCGUGACUUCUGAAAGGCUGAGCACAUCUGAUCUCUGUUCUUCUCAAUUUUAUCUAAAGAUCUGUGAUGCUUUAAGAGAAAGGAACCUGGUAAUAAUGGUACAAAUACAAGGGGAAAAUGACAUUUCUUUAUUAUUAUUAUUAUCAUUAUUAUUAUUAUUAUCAUUAUUAUUAUUAUUAUUAUUAUCAUUAUUAUUAUUAUUAUUAUUAGCAUUGUUAUUGAUUUUUUUAUUCUUUUAUUAAAUUAUAUACUGUCUGCUGCUUAGUACUAAGUUUUCCAUGUAAUGUCGGGUUAGAGUUGUAAGUUUCCUGAUGGCAGUGCUCCUCCAAGAUGUGGAGAAUCACCUGGGAGUACUCUGUUAUUGUAGUGAGGGGGGACAGAAUGUAAAACUACUCAAGAGAGUAUGAGAGUGAGAGUACUGAAGGACAGUAUAUAAACAGGAGAAAGUAGAAAUGCCUCUCUGAAGCCACUCUCAUGAGGGAUGACAAAAAUAGAUACGGUAUGUAAAUAGUGGGAAAAGUUUGGAAACUAUGGAGCUUGUAAAUGUCACACUUUUGAAGCUCUGACAUUGUUAACCAGAUAAACUUGUGCAAUACUACUGUUUGACAACAAACCACAACUGAAUGAUGGCAAGUACUACAUUAGAAAAGUGAAUGUAUUUUCCAAAGAAUAUGCAUCAGUCACCAUGGUGGCCUGUUUUUAUUGGAUUUUGUUGAAAAGGGAGAGGACUACCAUUAUGGGAAGGAAGAAACUAAGCACUUAUGGUCUGAAGAGACAAGUGGGUGGACGAAGUUGAAAGCAGUAUCGCUUGCCUUAUUAUUAGAGAGGCAGACACUAACUAUAUUCUGGCUCAUCUAAACGUGCAGUUGUGUUCGGGGUCAGCCUAAAGAUUCCCCUUGUACAGCGUUGCCGCGUGUCUCCCAGCCCGCGAUGUAGAAAUGUUCUAAUAUAAUUAAAACCAUGGCAUAUAUGAUCAGCAAAUAUGCAUACAUUUAAUUUUAGUAUUAUAACGUAUGAAAGAACAGUUAAUUUAUUAUGGAUAAGAUACAUUAUAAGCAUAUAAAGAAAUGUGGAAUACAUAUUUUACAGUGGUGCUAAAAAAAAUGCAAUACUUAUUGUUGAGUUUCCCUUAUGUUUUGGGAUGUGUAUGUAGUUUCACAAUUAUGUUUAGAUUGUAUCAUGAAGGAAUGUAUGUUAAAACAAGCUGACAUAAGUAAGGAAAAAAUAAAUUCAAAUCCUCGUGGCGGUAACGCGACGAGAGAGAGAGAGAGAGAGAGAGAGAGAGAGAGAGAGAGAGAGAGAGAGAGGCAACCAACGUGGGGUUAAAAACGUGGCAACGCUGUACUCUUGGAUUAUUCCUCACAUGGCACCUUUGAAUCGCACAUUUAGCUGAACCAGAGUAUGCAAUGUAGUGCAUCACAAAGCUGCUUAGGAAGUGUAAAGAGACAAAAGAAAAUCCCUUCUUUAAGUGAGGAGGUUGAAAUUAAAAAAAAGUGUGUUGAUCUGACAGCCGUGUGAGGUUUACGUGAUGAUAAUGACUCCAAGAGUUCAGAAUAUGAACCUCAUCUUAUGUAAGUAGAUGUGUUUAUUUUGAUAUUCUAUGUAUUUUUGUUGUGUAUGCCUUUGAUCUCUAGUUAUUCCAAUAUGUGGUAUUGUCCAUAAUUCAGCAGCCCCUAGGCCUCGACUUUCCCUGGAUUUUGCAGGCUCAUCCUGUACAAGAACGAGGCUUGUAUGUGUAAACAUGUGUAAAGCCUCUCAAAAUGAGUAGUAGAUAGUCAUAUUGGAAAUAGUAGCCAUGAUUUGGUGUGAAUAAAAGUUUUGUCUCAAAGAAGUGAGAGGUUGCCAUAAUUUGGCCAACACUAUACUAUUAUUAAUGACUAAACUGGUCACAGAAGAAUGAUGUUGCCAGUGUUUGGCCAUUACAUGAGUGGCUUGAAGAAAUUGCUAUUGUCACAGUUUGCCACAGAAGUAUUGUUAAUAUUUGUCCAUCCCUUUAAAGGACAUUAGUAGCUGCUGAUGUCAAUUUUUUUUAUCUUGUGGAUUAUUAUUAUUAUUAUUAUUAUUAUUUUUUUUUUCAUGUGUCAGCCUAUAGCGCCGGUAGGCUUUCUUGAGGGGUCUGAAUGGUAGUUGGCCCCAGCCCGUCAUGGCGCAGGCAAGUCUUUUAUAGUGACGCCAUCUUCUCUCGGCUCAUGCUGCCCCCCUGGAACUCAUUCUUGAUUUACUUGGACGGUUUCCUCCCGAGUCCAGGGUGAUGGGUGGUCUUCAGGACAGCAUGUGGGUAGUCUUAAGCCACUCAGCGGUGACUGAAAAAUCCCAGGUGGUAGCGGGGGAUUUGAACCCGCGUCGUCCGUCACGCACUCACUAUCUGAGAACUUUAUUGGCAAUUUUUAAGUUAUAGGUAUGAUUUGGUAUAUGUAUUUUGCACAGGUCAUACCUUUUACCAGCUCAUGGGAAUAAAUGGUAGUUAUGAAACAGGACGUCAUGACAGACCAGCAUUGCUAUUCUGGAUACUGACAGUAAUGAGUAAAUUGCUAACUUUGAAUGUCAUUGGUUGGGGGUGUAGGGAUGUAAAUCUAAUUACGUAUAUUCUAAAUUUGUCCGUUUUAGUCAGGCAUUAUGUUGCCUAUGAAAAGUUUUUAGUUUGGGAGAAAUUCUCUAAACUCUUCUCUCAGUUUAGUGUUUAGCUUUGAAAAGAAAAAAUCUUUAAAUUGAACAGCAAGACUAUCACAAGAAGCUUUUGAUAUACCAAAGAUUAGUGAAAGGGCUUGAUUUGCUGUGCAGACUUUAGACACAUGCCGUUUAACUGGAGAGUAUUGCAUCGUUUGCACCAAGUAAAAUCAGACAGCUAAACAGUAAUUCAAGAAAUUAAAAACAGUGUUUCCAAUAUAUUGUUUUGUCACACGUGUACGACUGAAGGAGAAAGUACCUGAGCCGUUGAUUGAAGGCACUGUAUAUGUGUAUCUUCCUCAUUAGCAAA